AUGACUGACGCUUGCCCCGUUUACGCGCCCUUCUUCGGCGCCAUGGGCUGCACGGCUGCCAUUGUCUUCACAUGCCUAGGCGCGUCCUACGGUACUGCGAAGUCUGGUGUCGGUAUCGCUGCUAUGGGUGUUCUGCGACCAGAUCUCAUCGUCAAGAACAUUGUUCCCGUCAUUAUGGCUGGUAUUAUCGGUAUUUACGGACUGGUCGUCUCUGUCCUGAUUUCCGACAACCUGAAGCAACAAGAGUACGCUCUGUACACGGGCUUCAUUCAGCUCGGCGCCGGCUUGGCCGUCGGUCUUGCUGGUAUGGCUGCUGGUUUUGCAAUUGGUAUCGUCGGUGAUGCCGGUGUGCGAGGUACCGCGCAACAGCCGCGUCUGUUCGUUGGCAUGAUUCUGAUUCUCAUUUUCGCCGAAGUCCUGGGUCUGUACGGCUUGAUCGUCGCCCUUCUCAUGAACUCCAAGGCUUCGCUGAACAUCACAUGCUAA